UUAACAUUUAUUAAUACCUUCUUCAAAUAGGGAGUCGAAGGUGAGAGAAAAGCUAAUGACAGUUGUCAUGGUGGAGAAAAACCAAAACGGGGACCGCUUUUGGUAGAUGAUGAUGAUGACGACAAGGAUUUGCAAACAAUGGACAGUUCAAGUCAAAUGUUAAGUGCAGAAGACAAUAAAAUAUCACCAAAGACAUUUGAACAGAAAAUCAUUGAGCCAUCUCAAACAUUCAUGAAAGAUAUUAAGCCCAAAACCAGUUCACAAGCAUCACAUACAAUGUUGAGUGAGGUAGAAAAGAUCUCAAAUUUACCUCGUGUGGCAGCUAAAGAUAGAAAAUCAUACCCUGAGAAUGCAUCAUCUGCAGUUGAGAAAGUGCUAGUGAAGCCAAGAACUAAGAAACUCAAGAUGCAACUUGCUUCAACGAAUCAUAUUGGUUUACCUGAUGCGUCGGAUGAAAAACUGUGUCUCAAACCUCUGUCAACUCAGGAUCAGGAUAUGGAAAGUAAAGAUGAUGUUAUAUCCGCCUGCGACCGUAAUACCCCAGCUUAUAAUGGAAAUAUUACGAUUGCUAGUUCUUCACGUCUGGGAGAAGUAAAAAUAUCUUUGAAUUGUGACUCUGCGUUGGGACAACCAAACUUCAGUAUUCCUAAUUUGGAUAUUGUUAUGAAGUUCAUGGACAAGAAGUACAUUCGCUCUUGCAACACUGUUGAGCCUCAAUUUUCUAUGGCAAAGCUAUUGGAUGACCUUUGCAGGAUUUAUCUCAAGUUGGGAUAUCGAAAGGGAUCAAAUUCCAAGCGUGCCAAUUUACAGCAAUAUGUUAAUCAAGGUGAAAGGAAUCCCUUUCGUUUUAUCAGUGACAUAACAAAAGGUUCAGAAAAGGUGAAAAUAUCAUUAAUAGAUGAAACUGGCAGUGAAGACUUGCCAAAGUUUAAUUACAUACCAUGUAAUAUAACUUAUCAAAGUGCUAAUGUAAAUAUUUCUUUGGCUCGGAUUUCGGAUGAGGGUUGCUGUUCUGAUUGUUCAGGCAACUGUCUUUCCUCACCAUUGCCUUGUGCAUGUGCUCAGGAAACUGGUGGAGAGUUUGCUUACACUCCUCAUGGUUUGUUGAAAGAAGAAUUUUUAACAGCUUGUGUAUCUAUGAAGAAUGAACCUCAAGACCAUCAUUAUGUGUACUGUCAAGAGUGCCCUUUGGAGAAGUCCAAGAAUGAGUACAUGCCCGAACGAUGCAAGGGCCAUAUGGUUAGAAAAUUUAUAAAGGAAUGUUGGAGAAAAUGUGGAUGUGACAUGCAAUGUGGGAAUCGGAUAGUGCAACGGGGCAUAGCAUGCAAAUUGCAGGUGUUUUCAACUCGUGAAGGAAAAGGCUGGGGCCUUAGAACGUUAGAAGAUUUACCAAAAGGAACUUUUGUAUGUGAAUAUGUAGGAGAAAUAUUAACCAAUAUGGAGUUAUAUGAGAGGAUUAUGCAGGAUACUGGCAACGAGAGACAUACAUAUCCUGUAACUCUUGAUGCGGACUGGGGCUCAGAACAGGGGUUAAAGGACGAGGAGGCACUAUGUUUAGAUGCAACAAAGAAUGGAAAUGUCGGAAGGUUCAUCAAUCAUAGAUGCUAUGAUGCAAAUCUCAUAGACAUUCCUGUCGAAAUAGAGAGUCCUGAUCAUCAUUAUUAUCAUCUUGCCUUCUUCACCAACAGGACAGUGAGUGCAAAUGAGGAGUUGACAUGGGAUUAUGGUAUUGAUUUUGAUGAUCACGACCAUCCUAUUAAAGCAUUUCGGUGUUGUUGUGGAAGCGUCUUUUGCUGUGAUAAGAAACAAAAAGGAAAAGGAAAAAUAGAAAAUCAGAUUAAUGUAACAAGAGGGAUGUCUGAACUCAAACAAUUGGAGUAAAGUGAAGAACUCGAAGGUGGGAAACAAAUAAAUUCCUUGAGGGAUUCCUUGUUCUAUUUUCAUUAUGUGUCUAAACUGUUAUUUCACCUCCAUUUGGUUCACUUCAUAUAUUGAAGCAUCAUGUUCGUACAGAUUAUCACUUUUAAUUAGAUGAUUGUCUGGAAAUUUUUCUCUCCAAUGAUGUCUUCUAUGAAGCACUCUUUGAUCUGCUUGGUGCCUUGGCUUAAGAUGCCGUUGCCUGUCUACUACUAUUCAUCAUUUGGGGAAGGAAGUACAAUGCUGAAAAUGAAAACUAUGAAACUCAGGUGUCUAGAUGUACAGGUGGGAGUAGUUUAGACUUUUUAUGUUAUUUUUGUCUGCAAAUGUUUUAGGCAUUUGUUGUUAAUUGAUUUGUAAUUGUAACAUCCUACCCAAAGUGGGAAUAUAAAUAACUCAAUUUGAAUUUAAGUCAGAAUUUUAUUGUAGUCAAUUAGGAUUGAAUCAUCCUUUUAGUUAAGGAUAAUUUGAGAUAACAAUCCGAGGGAUCGUUCUAUAUGGAAAUUAUCUUAAAGUAUGCCUUCUUAGGCUAUUUGACAAA